CGGCAGCUUCCCACGAAAAUCCUGGUGCGGGCACCGGGGCCAGCUUAUCUCUUCUAAGGCAGGAAAGGAAAAACGGACAGUUUCCCGGGAUCCUCCGAUGGCUAUCCUAAAGAGGAAAUGAUUUACAGAUGGAGAAAAAAUUCAGUGGAGGCUGCUGACCAGAAAUCUUGGAGACUAUAUCAGUUCGACUUUAUGGGUCUCAGAAAUACUUCAGAAAUUGUGAAAACCUCUGCAGGUGAUUAUGUAGUCAUGACUAUAUACUUCGACUUAAGUAGAAGAAUGGGAUACUUUACUAUACAAACAUACAUUCCCUGUAUAUUAACAGUUGUUCUUUCCUGGGUAUCCUUCUGGAUCAAAAAAGACGCCACACCAGCAAGAACAGCAUUAGGCAUCACCACAGUAUUGACCAUGACAACUUUGAGUACUAUCGCAAGAAAGUCAUUGCCUCGCGUUUCCUAUGUCACCGCCAUGGAUUUGUUUGUGACUGUAUGCUUUCUAUUUGUCUUUGCUGCUCUGAUGGAGUAUGCCACCCUCAACUACUACUCAAGUUGCAGGAAACCAAACUGUACUAAGAAGAAAAAGUCGCUACCUGAUGUAAGUUUUGGUCAUGUAAUGAAUUAUUCUGUACUUGAUAUGAGACCACCUACUACAGUCAUCACAUUGAACAAUGCCAUGUAUUGGCAAGAUUUUGAAGAUGCAUGUGUCUACGAAUGUCUGGAUGGGAAAGACUGUCAGAGCUUUUUCUGUUGUUACGAAGAAUGUAAAUCAGGCUCAUGGAGGAGAGGACGGAUUCACAUAGACAUCUUAGAACUGGACUCUUACUCUAGGGUCUUUUUUCCUACAUCCUUCCUGCUGUUUAACCUGGUCUACUGGGUUGGAUACCUCUAUCUUUAAAUGUUGCCUGUAGCAGUGAAGACUGCUGUGUUUUCUCACUGUAGACGGAUGGUGAAAGUGCAGAAAAAGUGAAGGACACAGUCAGUUUCAUCUCAAAUUAUAAAGACCACAUUAACCUUCACCAUCACAGAGCCCAAUGAAGAAUUUUAACAUGUAAUUUCCUGAAAAAGCAAAACAUGGAAGAAUUCUCUCCUAACUGCUAUUCGUUUUAAGAAAAAGGUUCUUACAAAGUUCAGCUGAAUUUGUAGUGUAAGCGAUGUUUAUGAAUAAUUAUUGUAUAUUAAAAUCUCUACUAUUGUCACUUGCCAUAGAAGCUUUUCACAAUUCAGGCAAAGUUUAAAUAUGUAACUUAUUUUUUUUCAUUCUCAUACUUUCUUCAAAAUGCUGCCAUGUCCCUAAGGUUCAGAGCAAUGUACACUGGCACUAGCAAAUAAGCCAAAGCCGACAAAAAUGCUCAUUUGUAUUUAAAUUUGCUUGAUACCAUAGGUUUUGGGAAAUUUGUUAUCUCCUUGAUAUAGAGAAAUCACCAACAGACAAUAAGAAAUGUCUGGUAGGAUCAAAACGUGGAUGUUACUUUCUGCAGAUUUCUGGUAUUCAUGGAAUUAGCCACUUACCCACACAUAUUGGUUUUGACUUAAAGGUGAAAAGGCGGACAGAGAAGAAAGCUAUAAUUUUGAUAUAAAUAAGACUUGCCUAUCUAUGAGGCAGCUGUAGGCAUAACUUCUACAGUUUUUCAAGCUUUUAACUGUGUUUUUUAUGACUCGUUAAACACAGGAUAGUCAUUAAUUUCUAAAGUACUAUACUUGAAGCAGGACACAUUCCUGCUUGUUUGUGUCAUUGUAGUAGUUCACAGUGCAUAGCCCAUGAGUAAAAAUCACUAUAUAAUAGCACCAGGAAUAUGUGACUUUAUUCUGAUUUCAAUCUGCUAAAAAGUGUGCCCAUGCAUUCUUAUUUUUUCUCUCAAAGUUGUAUUAUAAAAUUGAAAAACGUGUGCCAAAGGCCUCUUUUUUCCUCCUUUUCACAACAUUAUACACUGCAAUAUUUACUCACAGUAGUUGUUCCCCAGGUCUGAACUAAAGCCUGAACAUUCGUGGCUUGAAUAGUGCAUCACAGGAACUCAAUUGUGACACUUGGAUUAAACGUGAAAUUGUUGCCACAUAUAGAAAGAGGUUCUUUCCAUUCUUUUCCAAAAUUUCCAACUAUAUUUUACGCUAGAAAAAAUUUUUGUACUUUUCAAGGUUUUGACCAUUCAACUCUAAACUACCCAUUUUUUUCAAAAACUAGUUUUACAGUAUUAAACUAAGUGAUGCCUUUUAUAGACUGUCUACAUAAUUGUUAAGCAAACAAACCACAUCCAUAAUUAAAUAGCAAUAGCUUUUUAUUACCCUUUGCAUGACAAAUUGUUACAAAAGAUUUAUGUUAAAAGAUAAUUAAAACGACAAUUCUAUUUCUUUUCUCUUUUGAAGAUAAUUUUUUUAUUAAGUCAAAAAAUGUGUGUCUCUUCCACACAGGAUUUGAUGAAAAAAAGGAAUAGUGGAUGUGAUUGGAAAGGAGUUCCUUUUUCCUCAAAAGGAAAACCCUGCAAACAAGCAAAAACUAAUGCAAUGGUAAUCCUAAAGGAACAGAAAUUCUGUCAUGUUCUUUGAAACUUCACUGUCUUGCUGUCAUUGCUGUUGCUCUGUUCUUACACUGAGUUUUUAAUCGGGAAAAAAAAAAAAAGCUAACAUGAAAGUUAAUUGUAGUUAUUCAAAAUCUUUCUUCUGUUUUUAACUUGUCUGAAAUAUCAGAAACAUAGCUCUGUUUAGGUUCUUCUGUAAGGACUGACAAAAUUCAAAUUAGAAGCACAAAUUUUCAGGCAGAAUCAAAGCCUUAUUUUUAGAAAAAUCUGCCUGAUCUGCUGUCUUCUAAACCAAGGAUAACCUUUUGAUUUCAAAAUACAUGUUGAAAAUUUUGCUAACUCUAAUUAGCAAAUUAACUGCUCUGUAAAGCUCUGUCCUGCACUUGGAUGUAUGUACUUAAUUUAAGGAUGACAGUGAUAUUUUAAGUAGUGCAAGAAGGUGAUUAAAUAUGAGUUGGAUAGCCUAAUCUCUAAUUAUUAAUUAGUCUACUCUAAUAGUCACUUUCAGCCAUAUUUUGCAAGAAUACUGGAAAUAUUCCAAGCCUAAGUAAAAGAAUGGAAAACAUUUUCCUUUAGGGGAGGGUUACUGCAAACCCUCUGCACAAUCAAUUUUGGUGGUAGUAUUGAGACAAAUGAUGCACAAUCAGGUGUUUUCCACCAUUAGAUCUUGAACAGGUAGUGAUGUUUAUUUAACAAUUCCAUACUGUAUGAAUUUUCUAGGAAGUGGAACAUUUCCAUGUUAUAUGAUGAGCAUAUGCUUUUCUUACACUUCUGCUCAUGGCUGCCCCCCUAGCCCUGCUGAAAGCAGACAGUCCCACCAGAUCCUCCUUUGGAAGGAUUCUAAGUCCAUUCAUAUUGCCCAUUUUCAGACUUUUUUAAUAAACAGAAGAUGGAAGCAUGUAAUUCCAACUUUUUCUACUGUCCUAAAUCAAGAAUCUUUAGACACUACUGCCUUCUGCUCUUAGAGUGAGAGCAGAGGACAUAUUCUACCAUGUAAUUGAUUCUACUCUGGGGUUAUCAAACAAUUGAUUUUUAUGCAAGGCAUGCGGCUGCAGGGUGGCAGGUUCCUGAAUGCACUCCUCUGCUUGUUCCUAGUAACUUGGCUUACUCACUGCUUUCCUGCUUCAUGCUUUGGCAGCCACUGGAAAGCCUUAGAGAUCAGGGAAGGUAGGAUUUCUAUGAUCGGAAUCAUUCAAAAUGCCAUUGUGGUCUGCAUACACCUAUGUGCCAUAUCCUCCUGUAGGACUAAGAAUAUCCUCAUUGACCUUCAGAUUUUCUUUUGCUUCUUUUGUACAUUGGCAAAAAUAAAUAUUUUCACAUGUUGUCCCAUGAGAAAUGUAAAAACUGUGUUUUAGCAUUUUAGAGCAUGUUCUUAUAGUAUGAUUUCAUAUUAGAAACUUGCAUUUAAACUACUUCUCUUUGUUAUUUAGUACUUCUUUUUACCUUUCCAAGGAAGGGAACAGAGGAAAGCAAAACCAAAUGAGCAGUGAAAUAAACACAUUUGGCUAUGUAAAAUCUCAAAGCCAAGUAUCUUCACAUUACAUUUCUUCCUUGUUGAAGCUGCAGAAGAAAUUGUGAGGGCUUUUAAAAUAAUCACCUCUUUUUCCCAGGAGGAUCUAAAGUAAGUCCUCUUAUUCUCCCCUUCAAUUAAAAGUUCUUGGACAUAGUUUUUCUUUCUUGAGGGCAGCAUUUUCAAGGCAACUAAGACUGUAUAAAAAAUAUUGGUCUGCCUAAUUUAAUCUUCUCAGUUUUUCCUGGCUCUGAUGCCUAGCAUAUUGACAGCUCCUUUUUUUACAGCCAUUCUUUCAAGAAUUAAGGUAUAAAAACUUAUACCCAGCUUACACUCUCUCAAUGUCUAGCAGUAAUGUGGAACUGCAGAAUACACCACACAAUUUUAAUAUAACUUUCUAACCAAAAAGUAAGGGUGUAGUUUGAAACACCUCAGGCAUUUUGAUAACCUUCUCUUUCUCAUGUUCUCCUUAAUCAACUCUCAACUGCAUAUUGCUAUAUUGUGCAUACCAAUAAAAAUGAUAAAAAUUACACAAGCCAGAACCGUCUUCACAGAGACAGUGAUGAGUAGUGAAGCUAAAAGAAGAGAAAGAAAUUAUUCUUUAUUGCUGUGCAGUUCUUAUCUGUCGCAGUCCUCUUAUCAAUUUAACCCACAGCUAAUUCCAAAUCAUCCACCUGGAGGUUUGCACAUUCAUCAGCUGGAACAGCCGUGACACAUGAGCCUUUAGCUGAUAGGAAAUUAUUUCUGGAACUGCAGGCAUACUGCCAAAUAUCUCAGAUAGAUAGCUAUCUUAAACACUUCUGCAGCUCUAAUGUGUCUUGGUGUCUAGUAUCUCACGUUAUUUCAUGAAUUUAUCACAACUCUCCUUACUUGGUCAUUUCAUGAAGGGAAGGCUGUUUCCCUCCUUUUUUAUACAAAAUUUCACCAUAUAUCUAAUAAAAUUACACUCCUACAUGACCAGAUGUCAGGUAGCUCUGAAACUGCUGUCUUUGUGGGAAGGAAGACAGAUUUCACAGAAUUACAGAAUCAAGUAGUUUGGAAAAGUCCUUGGAGAUCAUCAAGUCCAACCUAUGACCUAACACCACCUUAUCAACUAAACCAUAGCACUAAGUGCCAUAUCCAGUCUUUUUCUAAACACCUCCAGGGACUUUUUCAUACCACCUGGAGGGUCGGUGUUAUCUUCUAAACUCUAAAACAAAGUGCCCACUGAAAGUUGUAAAAGGUGUCCAUAACAGAUUAUACUUUUUCCAUUACCUGCUCUUUCCUAGUUUCCAGUAAGAAAAGGCAAGCCAUAUCUCAUAAUCGUAGAUGCCUGAACAGACAGAUUAUUUUUUUCCAAAGUAUCUUCCUCUUGCUCACAGUGAAAUGCUUGUGCCUCUUAUGUCAGUGCCUUUAUCAUGUAUUAAUACGAAAUUAUAUUCCUUAACAUUAAAAACUAUUUCGCAUCUUAAAGUUAGCAAGUGGGACCAAUGACCUUCCUGGAGUUCUUUCUGAGCCCCACAGAGUGUGACCAAUAUUCUAAAUGUCUUCAGCCUACAGAUUGAACAUUUGUCUGCAUUUUCUUUAUUUUUCUAAACAGUCUGUAGGUUUCUUAUUUCCUAAACAGAAAAAGGCUGCAGUGGAACUUCAGCAGUUUAGCAGAAUCCUUCCUUCUUCACUCAGCAAUUUCAUUCCAAGAGAUACAGAGCGUAAACUCAAGGCUUAUCCAGCUCUCUUUCCAGAAGACUAUUUAAAAUUGGCAAAAACCAGACUAUGGAUUGGGAAUGUAUUUCCACAUACAGAUGAAAGGCGAGGUUCUUUUUCCUUUAGAGAUUUUUUUGGCUUUUUCUCUCAGUUAAUUUUAGAUGUUCCUCCUCCACAAGCAUAAAAUUAGCUCAACUUACACUUGGCUACUGAGAAAAAAGUAUAGUGUUAUUAGUCUUACACUACACUUGUAUGCCCCCUACCUUCUUAUGGUUUAUCGCACUCUCUUCUUGAAGGGUUCUAGUAUAUAUGUGAAGAAAAUGAAGGCCUUUCUUCAAGACUCAGUGGCCUUAAUAGUACUACUUUAUUCCCUGGGAUCUAGAAGGACUUCUUUCCUCAUAAUUCAGGCCACUGGUUUAGAUACUAAAACCAAAGCUAUGUUUUAUAUCUAAAGUGAAAUUAUGUUUCAACAGAAAAAAUUAGCUUAGCUUGAACUGAAUUGCUUUGAGAAGUUAGACAAUUUUUUUUUUAAUGAUGAAUAUUUGGUGGAUAUUUCAGAGAUAUGAUGGCCUACAGCCCUUUCUAGUAGGACUAAGUCCUGAACUAGGAAUAAAUACUAUUCUAACCAUCUAGUUUACCUAGCAGCUGUUUCUUUAAAUUACUUUGGAUCAUGACUGCCUUCAAGAACUUGGUUAGUUACUGCUGAUAUUCCUCAACUGAGAUAUCCAAUAUCUCUGAUAAUGUGUUGCUUUCUGCAGACUUUACUUUCUUUUACAUUUUCCUCUUUUGUUGUGGGUCCCCAAGCCUGUAUCUGGACUCCUCAAGGGUUUUCCUAGAAUAUAUGUGAAAUUAGAGAAUAAAAUUCAUCAUGAAAAUCAGUGCCUCAGAGCUGGACACCUGAGAAUUCUCUGCUUCCUACCAAAACAUUCAUUUUGCUCUUCUAAUCAUUUGUUAUUUAUAAAGGACAAGCAGAAGAUGUCGCUAUGUUUAUUCAUGUAUCUAGGGGAAAGCUUUCUCAAGGACUGAACCAAGUAAAGCAGGCACUGAUACACAGCCAGUAACUUGCUGGGUAUUCUUUUAUCUAGGUAAGGAAUGGCUCUAGUCAGAGGAGAUACAACAGCCUCUGCUGUCAUUGAAGCACCCACCUAACUUUACUUAGAGGGCUAAGCCAGCCUGUGGAGCUUCUUACAGGGUAAUGCAGGUGCUCCCUUUAGUGUUUAAUGCAGCCCUUAAUACUCUUCUAAUGUCUCUAUAACUUUUUGCAGCAGUGCUUACAAGACAAGAAGCUGUACUGACACAAUAUAUUCUAAAAGUACAAAGAAUGAAAAUGCAUCCACAGUGAAGAUGGUGAUGGCUUGCUACUGAAACUGUAUUAGGAUUACAAAUUUUUUUAAAAAAACAAACCUUCUAGGUCUGAGUCAAAACUUUCCACAUUAAUUAAGACCAUUGACCAGAAGAUGGGUUUAAGUUCAAAUCAGGAAGAUCAUUGGAUGAUAUUCUGUAAGAGCUGAUUAUCCAUUGCUUGGAUUUAAAACUUGUGGAGUGUAGAUUUGUAACUUAAGUACUUAAUGUGAGAUUUGUGAUUUACAUACUUAAAGUGAGGCCUAAAACAGGUAAAUUAAUAUUAAAUGGAUGAAGAGAACAAUACUGAUGACAUAUUUUUUAAAAACUACUGACAAAUAUGAAAUAGAGCAUGCUACAGAGUCCAUUCCAUGCUUACAGACCUCAUGGGAUCCUUAAAAUGAAAGCAACUGGGGAACUCAUGGAAAGCUGCUAAAAUAAUUAUAUUUGACAGUAUUACACAGGCAGCCCAGAGAAGUAUGGCACUGCCAGACAAUAGUACUGCAAAGAAAAAAAAAACACAAAAACAAAACAAAAAAAAAAAGCCCACGAAACAAAACAGAAUAAACUCCCACAAAACAUUUCCUCUGAACAGAAGUGGGAAACCUGGUGCAGAAAGAUUACAGUAUCACAUUUCCUUAUUCUCUUUUGCAGUCAUUCAGGAGUCCUGUGACUUUUUUGUCAUCCACAAUUACAUGCAAUACCAACCUUAAAUCAUGGACCAAUCUGUGGCUACCACAGGCCAUCACCAAACCCCUCACAUAAUCCUGAUCUAAACUCUCAGUAUACUGCUCUCAAAGCAUUUUUUUUCACCACGACAACACAUGGAUUUUUUUUUAUUUUUUAAAGUGUGUGUAAUUUUAGUAAUCAAAUAAAUACUGCCAACUAUGUGCCAAAUUGAAUUUUCUUAUAGAACACAGACAAAGUUUUAGAUUUCUAAUUAUCUUUCCUUCCUAAGUUUUUGUUAGGGGUGUGUGAUUUCGUUGCUAGCAGUGCAGCUUGUGAUGUCAUAGUGAAAUGAAAGUACAAUUAUGUGCCCAAUGUGCCUUGAAUAAUACAGGUAGCACUAGUACCAGUAUGUCAUUUUAAGUUAGAUAGCCAUCCCAGUGAUCCCCCAGACUGACCUAAUCAGAAAAGUCAAACACCCAUGUGCUUCAUCUCCUCAAGUUCUUAGACAACGACUUUCCCUUCUUGAUCACAUCCAUUCCGGUUUACUUUGUGUUAAGGAGUAGGGCUGUGCGUCUAGAAUACUAUUUAUAUUCGUAUUUUGAUCCCAGCAUUUGUAUUUCUGGAUACAAAUAAAUACACAUUA